GAUAUAGACUUAGAGAGAAAGAGAGGAAACGAGUGUCACAAUGAGUGUCUCAGUGACUGGACUAUGGUAAUGAGAGAAGAGACGGUGCUCCUCUGCCUGCAGAAUUGAGUUUGACAGACCCAUGCUGGCACAGCUGCAGACAAGAGAGGCUGAUUUGGGUAUCGGAUGGGUAAGACCUUCACACCUCAUCCAUCAAUCCUGCAUUCUGUAUCAUUCCACAAAGUGACAUUCAUAUGAAGAACCAUGCCUGAUUGAUUGUGUAAGAUGGCAUUGAAGCUGAAUACUCUGUGCUCCUCUAUGACGUCAUGGCUACAGUCUCUGCCCCCUCCUCUCCCUCUGUCCUCCAUCACCUCCCAGAGCUCAACUUCUCCUCCUGCCCCUGUCCAUCCAUCCAGACCCUGAAUGCCACCACACUGCCACCCCUCAUCAACCCUCCCUCCUUUGGAUUGUCCUGUUUCACCAUGACCCUGGGUGGCCUCUCCAACCUAAGCGCCCUGGGCAUCCUGGCCAAGUCCUAUGUACGCUUCAGACAUCGGGCCAAAGCUCCGUUCCUGUUGUUAGUGGGGGCUCUACUGCUAACCGACCUGGCUGGUAAUUUGAUCCCUGGUGCCUUUGCCCUCCAUCUGCACCUGGGUCAGAGUGGGAGGCACAGGGUGGCUGCAGGAAUGCGUGACACCACCGAGCCUGCCGGGAUGUUCUGCCAACUGUUCGGUGCCAGCUUGGUGUUCUUCGGCCUGUGCCCUCUAUUACUGGGCAGUGCCAUGGCCGUGGAGCGUUGUAUGGGCAUUACCCAGCCCCUCCUCCACUCUGCCCUGAUCACGGUGGCCCACAUGCGUCUGGCUGUCCUCCUGCUGUCCUCCCUAGCCCUGCUGCUGGCCGGGCUCCCCCUGGUGGACGUGGGUAGUUACACAACCCAGUUCCCUGGUACCUGGUGCUUUCUGACAGUCCACGGGCCGCUCUCCACGGCCGACGUCAGCCUGGCCCUCACCUUCUCCGGCCUGGGGCUCACGGCGCUCAGCCUCUCCCUGAUUUGUAACACCCUGAGCGGGCUGGCUCUGCUGCAGGCCAGGCUCAGCUCCCAGGGCAUCAGGACAAACACUACAGCAGCGCCAGGACGAUAUGGAAGAACCUCCUCCUCUCCCCUACGCUCGCUGGAUGUAGAGAUGAUGGCCCAGUUGACAGUGAUCACGAUGGUGUCCUGUGUGUGCUGGAGCCCCUUUCUAAUCUCCAUCUCUCUGCUGGUGGGUCAGUUCUGCCGCGGCGGGCGAGGCUCCAGCCACACAGUACGUCAGUCAGAGAAGCUGGUUCUGUUGGGCCUCCGCAUGGCCACCUGGAACCAGAUCCUGGACCCCUGGGUCUACAUCCUGCUCAGACGGGCUGUGCUGCGCAGGGUCUUCCGCGUCCUCCAGCCAGACUCCAGGUCCACCCUGACACAGAGCAGCUCCUGCACUACAGCCUCACGCAGACAGGGGAUUGGACUACAUUGAACCAUGCAUGUGUGUAAAGAUAUUCCCAUUUGUGGAUACACUCUCUGUGAUGAACUGGGUGAAGAGAGAACUCAAAAACACCAAGUGAAACAGGUUUUAGAUACUGCACAUCGAUGCAUAGGCCUACAGUACAAGAAUGUGGACAUGUACUCAUAGCAGAAGGGCAGUUGGCAGUCAUGAGUUGGUCAACUCAUAAACACAUUAGAGAUGUUUCACUUAGUUUAGUGACCUGUAAACACCUGCAAGCUUAUCAGUCUCUAAUUUGUACUACUGUAUUUGUGUUGAAAUGCUUCUAAAUAGUGAAGAAGAGGCGAAGCGACAGGGUUUACUCUGUCCAAAAUCUUUCCAUGAAAAUAAGACCACGAAGUGAGGAAUUUUUGAAUGGUCAAUGGCAGUGACAAAUAUGGUCAACAAAAAAAUGUAAUUGCUAUUUUGCUACAUGAGGCUUAUUUGAUCGAAUAUACGUUUUGUAAUGGUUAGGUUGUUACACGUGGUAUUUCGGCAACUUUGGAAAAACAAUAUCUUUAUAUCAGUUAUGCCUGUUGUUCACACGCUUUUUCUGCCCUCUCAUUGGCGAGAAUGGUUCCACCUGAUCUCGCCUCCCGCACCUGCUUUCCAUCUUUGAGGACAUGUAUGUCCAUUGUGAGAUCGACCACUUGACUAUCUUGUCAAUAUAAUAGAUCAUCUUUGUUGUAACUCACCAGACUGUUGUAAUGUUUAUGUUUACUUUAAAUUGCGGCAUAGAAUUGCUUCAUUGUGAUUCAAAAUAAACAGCUGCUCCUU